AUGGAAAUGAGACGUCCUUCAUGCAGCAACUCACUACCUCGCAGUGAAGCACAGAUACGCUUGUGUCCCGAGAAAUUCGACGAAUCAUCCGACAACGAUGUACAGAGGUUACCACCCGUCGACGGAGGAUUCCAAGCAUGGAUGUUUUUGGCAGCUUGUGUAAUGAUCGAGGCUUUGAUAUGGGGAUUUGCUUUCGCGUUCGGAGUCUUCCAGAAAUACUAUCACGCACAUGAACCCUUCCAAGACUCUAAUAUGGUAGCUGUUAUUGGGACAUGUGCUACGGGAAUAUCCUAUCUUAGCUGUCCACUCGUCAUCGCUGCUAUGAUCCUCCUUCCUCAAUGGGGACGCUGGUUCUCAUCUUUUGGUCUGAUCAUAAUGUGUCUUUCCCUAGCAUUGGGCUCAUUCUCUUCCAACAUCACACACCUCGUCCUUUCCCAAGGUGUCGGCUUCGGAAUCGGCGGUUGUAUAGCAUACAGUCCAUCCAUCUUGUACAUGGACGAAUGGGUAUCCGGGAUAAUAUUCCCGAUUGGCCUAGAGAAGCUAUUGAAUCGCUUCGGAUUCGAAACUACUCUCAGGGUCAUCUCGGUGGUGGUGUUCGUCCUCGCUGCGCCUUUCAUAUACUUCCACAAACCCCGGCUCCCUGUCAGAAAAACAGUCGACUAUCAACGUCUGAACUUCCGCUUCCUUAUGACUAGGAUAUUUUGCGUCUAUCAACUCGGCAACAUCAUUGAGGCACUGGGGUUUUUCUUGCCCGGUAUUUAUCUACCAACCUAUGCCCGAAGUAUUGGCGCUACGGAUUUUCUCUCCUCUUUGACCGUCACGCUUUUGAACCUGGCAUCGGUGUUUGGGAGUGUUACUAUGGGCCAUUUGGCAGACCGAUACCAUGCCAUCACAUGCAUUACCAUCUCGACUGUCGGCAGUACACUGGCCGUGUUUUUCCUCUGGGGAUUUGCAUCAACCUUGCCGACGUUGUUCGUCUUUUCUAUCGCAUACGGACUAUUUGCAGGCUGUUACUCGGCGACGUGGGCGGGGAUCACUCACGAGGUCCGACGCGUCGAUCCGUCUGCCGACGCAACUAUGAUCUUCUCGGUCAUUGCUUUUGGGCGAGGAAUUGGAAAUGUUGUUAGCGGUCCCUUGAGUGAGGCUAUAGUCAGUGUAGACUCGUGGAAGGGCUCUGCUGUAGCGGGAUAUGGUAGUGGAUAUGGGCUUAUCAUCUUGUCCACCACCACCUCCGGAGCAAGCGCAGCCUCAACCUGCUCGCCCUCAGCUUCUGACGCAAAGGUCCUCCAAUUCGCCCUCGGUGUCUCCAACUUCAUCGGCACCUUCUACAACGAGACCGUGAACAGCACCUUCGGUGAAUCCAACAACGCCACCAUCAAAGCAUACCAGAAGAUCCUCUUCGGCCUCGAGAAGGGCAACACUCUAUCCAGCCAAGCCAUCGAGAAGGUCGGCGCCAAGGCCCCCGGCUUCUCCAAGCCCGAGUGCGACUACAAGAUCCCCGAGGUCAACAGCACCCAGAGCUGGGCCCAGUGGGCCUACCGCUUCGAGGCUACCGUCACCGGUGCCUUCAUCGGUCUUGCCGGCUACACCGAGUCUCCCGAGGUCGCCUUCCUCAUGGCUCGUCUGGCUGCCGAGCACAGCGAACACUCUUCCUUGAUUGGUAGCCGCGUCAACGCGAGCUACUUUGCCCAGAACUCUACCUCUCUUGUCGCAGCUUAUGGCCCCGUCCAGAUCUUGUCCACCCGUAACGAGACUGGUAGCCUCGGCGAGUAUCUUGGUGGCUGUCUCACUGCCCCGACUAGCCCUUGUGGCCCGCUCAGAAUUGGUCCCUUGGCUGCUACUCCCUCCCCCUCUAGCUUGGCUACCUCUGCUGCCAAGAAGAUCUAA